AUGUCCGCCCCCCUGCCCCAGAAAGGGUCUGGUCAGGGAAUGGCUGGAAUGCCCUCACAGCAGCAGACUCACUUGCCUCCCGGCUCGGUACCCCCACAGUCCCAGAUGCCCCCACAGGGCGCUUUGCGUGAGUUCUCACCCGUCUAUCUAUGUCGCAUCGGGCAAGAGACGGUACAAGACAUCGUUCAGCGCACCAUGGAGAUAUUCCAGAUUACACGCGCCACUCCGCUGCCUAACGGAGUGACCCAGAGCCAGGCUGUGUACCAAGACCGCUUUGGAAAACUGCAGGAGCACUUACGCCAGCUCGCCCUGCUCUUCCGCAAACUUCGGCUCCUGUACGAACGGUGUGUGGAGAUGACCUCUGACCUUCAGCCAGGGCCCACAGAGCUUAUUCCUUAUGUUGGAGAGGAGAUGACUCCUGUGCCUGUGGAGCCGUGCAGUCCAGCAGUGAUUGAGGAGAGACAGGAGGUGCUGGAGAAAGUGAGGCAGAAAAACCAGGAGAUGAAAGUUUUGAUGGACCAGAUGAGGAAUCUCUUAUGGGACGUCAAUGCCAUGCUGACCCUUCGGAAGUAA